AUGGGACAGUUAGAGAGCAAAAGUCUUUCUGAUAAUUCAGACCACAAUAACUUUCAAAUGCUUCAACAAAGACAGCAAAGAAGAGGUUCAAAUGUUGGUCAAAUUCAUGCAACAAGUCCUCCAACUUCAACAACAACUUUCGGAGCAAAUUUACUUUUCAGUAGUAGAAGUGAUGAUUUAUUUGAUGAGUUGGAAGAUGAUGAUUCAAAAUCAUCUCAAUCUUUCCAAACCUCUACACAAUUUCUCUCACUCUUGGGUCAUAACAUUUUGGAUCAGGCAAAAAAAGUUAAUGACCUUCAUACAACACAAGUACAAUCAAUUCCAAUUUAUGGAAAUAAUAGAAAGGAUAGUGUUGAUCUUUCAAAGGCUCCAAAGUUAGUUCUUGUCGGUACUGGUAGUUCAGAUAGUAUUGACAAUAUUCUUGGAGAUACCACUUUUUUGAGUGAUGAAAUUUGUGAAAGAUUGGUUGAUUUUUGGAUGGAUGAACCAAUUAUUCAAAUGUGUUACUUUUUUGCAAGUAUUGCUUACAAAUUUAUUGAAGGAUAUGGAGAUUAUUCUAGAAAUAGAGCUGAGAAAUCAGUUUAUAUUCGUCACUUGAAUCUUGAAAAUUUACCAACUCUCAUUGAUCAAUUGGAAGAUGUUUUGAGUUAUGAAACUGAAGGAGAUGAUUUACAGUCAAAGUUUUCAAGUGCCAUUAAGGAUGAUUCACACAUUGUAACUGAGCUCAUUGUUAGUACCUAUGUAAAAACAACUGGUAUUAUUGAAAUUCCAGUUAAAUUUGGUGAUAACAACCUGAUUGGGUUGUAUGACACUGGUGGUCAGAGAAAUGAAAGAAAAAAGUGGAAAAAUAUCAUGAAUGAUAACUCUCAAACACUCUCUGGAGUUUUGUUCCUUGUUCCUCUCUCUGAGUAUAAUCAAAUUUGCUAUGAAGAUGAUUCAAUUAAUAGAACUAUUGAAUCUUUGAAUUUAUUCUCAGAACUUGUAAAUAGAAAUACUUUUGGAUCACUUCCAUUCUUUUUGAUUUUCACUAAAAAGUUGGUCAUGGAGGAAAAGCUCAAAUUAUACGAUUUGACCUACGUCCCAUUCAAAACAGAACUUCCACAGGAUUUAAAAGUUGAAUUGAAACUGAAUGAAGAAAAUAAGAAGGAUUUAUUGGUUAACAUUUUGAAAAUGAAAAAUAGUCAAAUUGAUAAUCUCACACCUAGAGAAAUUCAAUUGAUUGAUAGAUUUUCAUCUGAUACACGUUAUUCACCAUCUCAAUUAUUGAAAAUCAUUGGAGGUGAUAAGACUAUUGAAAGCUCCUCAACUGUGAAACAUUCCGAAUUUGUAAAUAAGAAUAUUGAAUUCUUUAAGGAACAAUUUUUCAAUGUGAUUCAAGAUCCAGAAAGAAAGGAACAAGUUAUUCGUGAUCAUCAAAUUAUUGAUGUUAAAGAUUUUGAUCAUACCAUCCAAUCCAUGCAUUCCAUUUUCAAAAGUAUUUCAAAUCACUAAUUUAUUGAGAUUCAUUUAUCACUCAAAUAUUUACCAAAUACAAGUGCAAAUAAUAUAAUAGAGGAUAUAUAAAUCACAACUAUAUAUCUCAAUAUUAGUAGAAUUGAAAAGAAGGUUGUUUUAUCCAAUAAUAAAACUUGUUCAUGU